GUCAGCUGCGGAAGUCAGCGUGACCUGUCCUUAGAGAAGGGGGAGGAGCGAGCAGAGGGAGAUCUGACAUGCAAUCAGCUUUGUGAUCAGGAAAGAAGACUGUGUAGAGCGCGAGCACUUCCAGUGUGUAUUGUGUACUAUUGUCUGUUUGGAGGAGACGUGGAAACUGCAUGAAGUUGCAGCUGGACUAAUGGCCAAGUGGAGCAGGCAAGAGAUGGCUAUCUUGUUCUCUGUUGUUGCAAGAGGAACCACCAUCUUGGCCAAGCAUGCCUGGUGUGGGGGAAAUUUCCUGGAGGUGACAGAGCAGAUCCUGGCCAAGAUCCCAUCAGAAAACAACAAGCUGACCUACUCUCAUGAGAGUUACUUGUUCCAUUACAUCUGUCAGGACAGAAUCAUUUACCUGUGCAUCACAGAUGAUGACUUUGAACGGUCCAGAGCGUUUAGUUUCUUAAAUGAAGUCAAGAAGAGGUUUCAGACAACCUAUGGAUCCAGAGCACAGACUGCACUUCCUUACGCCAUGAACAGCGAAUUCUCCAGCGUCCUGGCAGCACAGCUGAAACACCACUCAGAAAACAAGACCGUGGAUCGUGUAGUGGAGACACAGGCCCAGGUGGAUGAAUUGAAAGGCAUUAUGGUCCGAAAUAUAGAUCUUGUGGCGCAAAGAGGAGAGCGGUUAGAGUUAUUAAUAGAUAAAACGGAGAACCUGGUUGACUCUUCUGUCACCUUUAAGACCACAAGCAGAAACCUGGCUCGGGCUAUGUGCAUGAAGAAUUUGAAGUUGACGAUCAUUAUUGUUGUUGUAACAAUAGUUGUUAUCUAUAUCAUCGCGUCGGCAAUUUGCGGAGGGCUGACGUGGCCCACCUGUGUGAAUUAGUAACUCCUCUGUCUUCCGAUGCAUGAGAGUGUUCUCCAGGAAACCAGAAAGUCAAAGUACUACCUAUUCACACGCGUAGAAUCCCGCUGAAAAGAGACUUGAUAGAAAAGCCUUUUCCCCGGACACUGAGGUGUCCGAUAAUCUCCUUCAUCGUUGCAUCCUUCCAUUCUUACUGGACAUUGUAGCUCUAUGCCUUAUAUAAUGUGUCUGAGGGACCUUGGCCAGGAGUCUGUCACGCUGUAUACCCUAAAACCCGAAGGAGAUGGAGCAUGGUAACUCCAUUGGUUUUUCGUUUUUUCUUCUACACCACUUUCUUCCCGUCGCAGCCUCAUUCUCUACCCUUCAAUAUCCCCUCAUCUGUUUUUCACUUAAGUUACUGACUGUUUUAAUCCCUUUUUUUUUCUCUUUUUUUUUUAAACCUGUCCAGCAGCACAAUCUUGCCUCUGCUGGUGAUGCCAAACUUUGGGAUUGUUCAGUCCAAAGCCAUUGGAAACCUGCGAUCGCCCACCUGUCCUUGCAUACGUCUUAAACAAAAUUCAUUUCAGAAUUGCUCCAGCCACUGUUGAUUUUUUCACUAAAGCUCAUUAGUAUUGUGAAUGUUAAUCUUUUCUGUUGAUGUUUUUGUUUUUUAAAGCAUCAGGCGGCCAUUUUGAAUAGAAAUGCUAGGUGUGUUCUGCCCCAUUGUUCUCUCCGUAGUUCAGUGGGUAAAGCACUCGCUGCCAAUGAUAUAAUGUGGGCAUUGCUUUAUUAAAGGGUAUGUAAAGGAA